AACUAGCAGUAGCGAUUGGCAACCACAUAGAACUGCUACAGCCAAAUGGUUCUGUAAUACAGUCGUCAACACAACCAUUCAACAAAUUAAAGGCACUAACAUAUGACAACAUCCGUGACCAAUUCAUUGUCAGUAACACAGACAGACUGAACGAUACCAUUUUCACUGUCCAGCUGACCGAAGAGACUGAUACCGAUAUUACACCGAUUAUACAAGAUCUUCCCGAUGAUGUUCUUGGGUUAGCCAUAGAUCCAAUAGAUGACGUAUUAUACUGGACAGACGCUAUAAACAGCACUAUUAACUACGUUGCUAUGAAUGAGACCCUCUACGAGUCCAAGGAAUUUCUUUCCUUCAAACACGAGUACCCCCAUGCCAUCGUAAUUGACAUAUGCAAAAGGUACAUAUAUUGGACGAAUCAGAAGUCCGAAUACCCUUCCAUAGAAAGAGCAAGGCUGGAUGGUACCGGCCACGAGACACUGGUAGAUCGUGAUGUUGUAACUCCCGAAGGAAUAGCGAUAGACUACCAGUCCCAAAGACUGUACUGGGCAGACAGUAGAGGUGGCUCCAUCUACGGGAGAAUCGAGAGUACCACCCUGGAAGGAAAAGAGAGAGAGUUGGUACACGAAGGUACCCACAUCAAGCCAUUUGGUCUAGCGGUCGAUGGGGAUACAAUAUAUUGGACAGACAUCAACAACAACGGCGUGUAUCGCAUCUCCAUAUCGAAAAAGUCGGAGCCUGAGAAAAUCAUUGAAUUCGAUGGAAGGCCUAUGGGGCUGGUGACCAACAAUUUCCGCAUCAACGAUUUAAACGAGUGUAAAUACAUAGAAACAGGCAGCAAAACGGUUAAGGAAGGCGAGAGAGAAGAGACAGCCGAAGUCUCUCAGACUGAGGAACCGGAAACGAAAAGUUGCUUAAACGACGGAGAGCUCGUCGAUAAUAAGUGUUUGUGUAAGAGAGGUUUCAACGGCACGUACUGCGAAACAUCCAUCUGCCACAAUUUCUGCGUCAACGGUGCCUGUCGCAUAUCCUACUUGGGAAAGCUCACGUGUCGCUGCGACGCAGGUUUCGUCGGUGGACGUUGCGAACGCAACAAAUGCGACGACUUUUGUUUGAAUGGUGGUGAAUGCACCAUCGUUUCGCCUCGAGAUAGGCCGCAAUGUCGGUGUCCUAACGGAUUCAUGGGGGACCGAUGCGAGUAUAGUACCGAGAUCUGCGACGUCUACUGUACGGAUAGAGGGGACGAUCUCUUCUCCGAGAAGUUCGAGUUGCUGUGCAGGUGUAGCGAGGGCUUCAACGUAUUCUCCGACAGAAACCGCACAGCCGCGAGAUUGUCGGCCUCCAAGGAACAGGACAACUUCUUCAGCAGUCUAAGCAAUCCUCUGUACUAUCUCGCCGCUUUGGUACUUAUUUGUUUGCUCAUUAUCAUUACGCUCGCCGUUUACAUCCGCAUCAUCCGCAAGAGGCGCCCCAGGAUCAAGAAGAGGAUCAUCGUCAACAAAAACGUCACGCCUUUAACUUAUCGGCCACAGCCUAACACGGAACAGUGCGAGAUCACCAUCGAGAACUGUUGCAACAUGAACGUAUGCGAAACU